AUGCACUUUCAGUCGCAUGUGCCCACAACUUCCGUCCAUAAACUUCUCUUCGCCGACGACUGCAGCCUAAACGCCACCUCCGAAGGGGACAGGCAAAGGAGCUUGGACCUCUUUGCCGCCGCCCGCGACAUUUUCGGCCUGGUCAUCAACACGGGGAAAACGGUGGCCAUGCAUCAACCGCCACCGGACGCUUCGCAGAUCAACCUGGACGGCACCCAAAUACAAGCCGUGGAUAACGUCACUUUUUUGACAGCGUCCUUUCUUACAGCACCGAAAUCGGCAAUGAAAUGGCCCGCCGAAUUUCCAAUGCCAGCUGAACUUCGGUCGCUUGCAGGACACCGUCUGGAUUCGUCGCGGUCUCCACCUCAGCGCCAAACUCAAGGGGUACAAAGCAGUCAUCUGGCCGACGCUGCUGUAUGGAGUGGAAACCUGCAUGGUUUACAAGAAGCAGACGCGAAGGGUCAACCCCUUCCACCUCGACUGACUUCAACGGAUGCCAAAGCUGAGAUGGCAGGAUCGCAUUUCGGACACAGCCAUACUGGAACGGACAAGAAUCCUCAGCAUCACGCCAUGGCGACACAACUGCACUUGCGCUGGGGCGGCUGCCUCGUGCGGAUGGACGACGGGCGCCUACCCAAACGACUCUUCCAUUGA